AUGUCCGACGUCCCCCGCCUCAUCCACGAAUCGAGAUCCCACCCUUCGUCCCAAUCGGACCGGGACUUCUCGUCUUCCUGCCCCUUCUGCGCCAUCGGAAGCACGUACUCCACGACGUCUCCUCUGUCCUCGUCAGAGACGAUGGCAAAAGCACUCGACCCAGAGCAGCUCGACCCGCCGUCCUUCGUGCUCUAUUCGAGCGAGCACGUCAUUGCCUUUUUGGAUAUCAUGCCCUUGACGAGAGGGCAUGUGUUGGUUGCACCCCGGAAGCACCGCGUUAAAGUCGGGGAUUUGAGUCCCAGCGAGGGCGCAGAGAUCGGGAGAGUCCUGCCUCUUCUUGCGCGGUCUGUCAUCAAGGCUGUUCUUCCAGAUAUUCCGCAUCAGGAUGCCGACUAUAAUGUGGUGCAAAACAAUGGCCCCGGCGCUGCUCAAGUUGUGCCGCACGUGCAUUUCCACAUUGUCCCCCGGCCCCCUCUGAACUACACCCAUCCCCAAGCUAGCACCCCAACAUCGUCGGCGCGGAAAUACGCACCAAACCGUCAGCCUUCGGGCCGUCAAGCGGCAGCCAUUCUGUUUGGAAGAGGUAUGCGCGAGGACCUCGACUACGAUGAUGCCGCAGUGUUGGUGGAGGAUAUGAGGGCGGCGAUCAGAGAGGAGUGGGAGAAGAGCUUCGGGAGGGAAGAAGGACGGGCGACCGCAGAGACGGUGACCGGCACGAGGAGUUCAGCCGUUGCAGGCAGCCAAGCAGGAGGCGACGGUGGAGAUGGAAAUGGCAGACGUCUGGCUUGGAAGGUCUGA